AUCUUUCAGACCUGCACCUCUAAGAAGUUGAUCAGCUGGAGUAGAUGGCUUCAUCAUUAGAGAUUGCAAAGGCUGGCUGGCUUUGGAGACAGACCUCAUUUUUGAAAAGAUGGAAAAAGGAAUGGUUUGUGUUGUACCAGAAUGGGGAUUUACGAUAUUUUGAGAAUCCGGAUAAGCAUGAACCUGAGGGGAGGAUCUCAGUUCCUGGUGUUUGUAAAUACAUCUCUACUGGAUCCAUGGUUGAUGCUACUCCCCCAGAUGGGAAAUCCAAGGACAGCUUGCUUAGCCUGGUGUUGAAGGAUGGAGAGAUGAAUCUGUGUGCUGAAGAUGCUGAUGACAUGAAGGCUUGGCAGAUAGCAUUAGAGGAAGCUCGCACUAUGCAGGGUGUGCCUAGGCACCCUCCCCCGUAUUCUAGCACAGUGAUGUACCCAGGCCAGCAAGAGGUCCAACACCAUUAUCCCAUACAGGUGGGAGGUCCAUCCAACAUUGUGUACACUACGUCCUACCCAAAUGGAGGCUACCCAGGGCAGAUCAUAGCUCUGCCUGAUGGAACUCAGGUAAUGAGACCUGCUAAUACAGUUUACGUUACCGACCCUUACUAUUAUCGCCGCCGUUAUGACGGAUCAGAUGUGGCACUCGGAAUGUUGGCUGGAGCUGCGGUCGGAUCUAUGAUGUGGGGCCCACUACUGUUUUGGUAAAAGGGGGACUAGUUUUGAGCCAUGUGAAUUGUACUGGAGGAAGCAUUGUACAACAGAUAAUAGAUUAAUUUUCAGAAAAGUGAUAAAUACCUUUCACAGGAUAUUUUCCAUAGUGAAGAAAAUUUGUUCUGGAAUGAUAUCACAAAAUUUUCAUUAAGCCAUAGUGUUAAGUUAUGAAACAAAGUUAAAAUUAUAUUUAUACCAUUGAUUUUUAAACACCAAUUAUUGUCUGUAGGUGCAUUAAAUUAGAUUUUUAAAAAGAAAUUUAUAUAGUUAAGUAGCAGUUGUGCAAUAUUCCAGAUAUGACCUUUUUGAGAUUCCACUAUAUUGUUUUUUUUGUGUUCAUGUUUUUAUUAGAUCUACGCUGUGUCUUUUUUUUUUUUAAAGAUCAUUAAAUAAUGUUUUAUAAUGUUACUGUUUAAACAUACUGUUAUGCUACUAAAAAGUACUAAUACUGUAUUGUUGAAUUCACUUGUAUCAUACUGAUUUUUUCUUUUUUUUUUUCUUUUUUGGCUCAAGUAGCGUACAUUCAGUGUUAACAUAUUUUUCCCCUCACAAAUUUUGCUUAAACAUAUCUGUUGCAUCAUUUACCUUUUUUGGAUUUUUUUAAUGUUUAACUUGUAUAUUUUUGAAAGCAUGUUUAAGAAGGUAUAUUGGCAUUCAUUACACCCAAAGGGUCCAAGGCAUAAUAUUUUUUGCAUCAGAGUGCAUCAGAUGUAAUACUAGUAUUCCAAUCCCCAAGUGGUUUGCCUGUUUUAUUUUCGCCUCAUUCACCCUACUCACAGUAGGGCGAAUUUAAAACGGGACGAAUUAAAAAAAUAAAAGUAUAAUUUCUUAUAAACACAACUGUGAUUGGGCGAAUUGAAAAUGGGGCAAAAUUAUUUGCAAGUUUGAAAGGACGAAAAUAACAUGGAGCAAAAAUUACCCUGUAUACAGUAAUAAGAAAUAAGGACAAAAGUCACAUUUCAAGUGUUUCCCAUCAUUUCAAAGUAAAGGUUAGAGAUCAAUUGUAACAGGCUUUGGGUUGAGAUUUAUAACAAUAACAACAAUUAGAUUUUGAUUUUUUUUAUUUUAUUUCAGAGCCGCAUUUUUAUAAUUUGCCAGGUAGCUGGUUCUUAGGGAAAACACUGAGUUCAAAAUAUUUUUUGAAUAAAAUAAUCACCAAGUUGGUACAUGUACUCAUGUUAUAAGGCACUCACGCAGGCUUUAAGUCAUAUCUCAUUUGGACAAGUAAUGUAAGUCCACCAGGAAUGGUGCUGAGAAGAGUUUAUCAUGUACAGUGAUGCAUAAAUUAUUAUCAGUAUUCAUCUUGAUUAAAAAAAAAAUAUCGUAAGACUAGUUUGAAUGAGAAGAAAAUAAUGUUUUUAUUAUUUUUCAGUCUAAUACAGGCAAAUACUCUGAAAUUGAAGUUGUUUAAAAAUGUAUAAUUUUACUCUUUUGUAGACCAUUUUUGCAUUAAUUUUUUUUCUAAGUGGUCUUUUAUACAUUGUUAACCUAUAUUGACAGUGCCAUAUGUUGUAUAAUGUGUAAUAAGUAUGGUUUUUAUUUUGUUAUUUGAAAUUUGCAUGAAAAUAUUAAACAUUAAAUCUGAAUUGACAUGAUAUACUA